GUUAUCUUAUCACUUUAUACCCAGAUAGUUAAACUCGAAUAUAAAUUUAUUUGAUUCCCAUAACAAAUAAACGUUUUGUGGGUGACCAUGUUUCUACAAGUUGUUUUGCUCUUGAUUUCAUUGUGCUUAACUCAAGCCCGCCCUGGAUUUGGACCCGGUGAUCAAGAAUGGGGCUACAUAACUGUCCAUCCAAACAGACACAUGUUUUACUGGUUACACUACACUACUGCAGAUCCUGUAUACACAGAUAGACCCUUGUUAAUAUGGUUACAAGGUGGACCAGCUAGUUCUGCAGCAGGGGAAGGAAACAUUUUAAAUUCGGGUCUGGUGGAUAUGAAUUUAAACAUCCGAAACUAUUCGUACGUCAAUAAAGCAAACGUUCUGUACGUUGACAGUCCAGUUGGGGCGGGAUAUUCAUAUGUGGAUAUCAAAGCCGGGGGGACAUUUGCUCCAAGUUGUGAUGAUGUGACCAAAGAUUUUAUUGAAUUCCUGGAAGGGUUUCUUCAAAGACAUUCUGAAUUUAAAUCUGUACCUUUAUACCUACUUGGAGAGUCGUACGGAGGAAAGUUUGCAGCUAUAUUUGGGGAAAGACUAUUACACAAAAUUCAUGAUGGCAAAAUAGAAGCAAAUUUCAAAGGAGUAGGACUUGCAUAUCCCGCAAUUGAUCAUGCUAGUUACUGUCAUAACAUUGGAGAAUAUUUGUAUCAUUCGGGCAUUGUGGAUCAAACUGGUCUGGAUCAAAUCAACCACAAAGCAAACAAAAUAUUAGAAGCUACUAAUGAAAGUAACUGGGAAGUUGGCAAUGCAUUAAUGGAAGAUUUACUGGGUUACAUGAUGGAGACCUACCAACUGCCAAUUUUUAGUAUUCCGGGUCUUCAAUCAAAUACUGAAGAAUACCCUGAAGAUUUUUAUUCCUUCAUGGAUACUACCAUCAGUCCCUUACUAAAUCUUACAGUAGCAUUUGGAGAACAACGAGGAUUAGCAGCUGAAGCAAUUCUAGAUAAAAUGAAAGCAGCGCAUUCAUCAGUUGAAUACCUCUUGGAUCAAAACCUACAAGUCUUCAUAUACAAUGGUCAAUUAGAUUGGCUUGUAACAACAAUGUCAACAUCUUCCUGGGUGGAUAAGUUAAACUGGCACGAUGCUCGCAAAUGGCCCACAUCAAAACGAACAGCUUUUUAUGUGGAUGGCAUACAUGAAGGACACGAAAAGCAUUGUGAUAAUUUGGAGUUCUACUGGAUCAAACGUGCUGGCCAUAGACUACCUGAUCAUAAUCCCAAGGCCAUGGACUACAUCUUGACACGCUUAAUUGGUUACUAAACACUUGUUACGCACACAAGGACUUAGCAUAUUUAAACAUUAAUAAAUAAAUAAUUUCGACAAGUCAA